ACGGAACAUUUGAUCUGCAGGCACAUCCCAUCACCAAUGCUGUAGCCAUCCCCAACUCUUGCUGCGCAUAACACCAACAUCGCAGUCACACUCUUCCAAGAUGUCGGACUACGAAGAUGAUAUGGAUGUGGAUGCACCUCCGUCGAAGAACAAGGAAAUACUAUUCAGCUCAGACAACACCGCUGGAAAACAAAAACGAAUCGUCGCAGACUUGCCGAUAGAGGCAGAGGAUAAUCUACCAUGGGUUGAGAAGUACCGCCCCAGUACACUUGAUGAUGUGUCCGGACACCAAGAUAUCCUUGCAACCAUCAACAAAUUCAUCGAGAAGAACAGACUACCCCAUCUCCUCCUCUAUGGUCCUCCAGGAACGGGAAAGACCUCCACAAUCCUGGCUCUUGCCCGUCAAAUAUACGGUCCCAAGAAUAUGCGACAGAUGGUGCUGGAGCUGAACGCUUCAGAUGACCGCGGCAUUGAUGUCGUGCGGGAACAAAUAAAGACAUUCGCUUCCACCAAACAAAUCUUCAGUACUUCAACACAGCAAUCUACGGCCAAAAUCGGUCUUGGUGCGUUCAAGUUGAUCAUUCUGGACGAGGCAGAUGCAAUGACUUCCGCAGCCCAAAUGGCACUGAGGAGAAUCAUGGAGAAAUACACUGCUAACACCAGAUUUUGCAUUAUUGCAAACUACACACAUAAACUCUCACCUGCCUUGCUGUCGCGAUGUACGAGAUUCCGCUUCUCUCCUCUAAAAGAGGCAGACAUUCGUCGAUUGGUCGACCACGUCAUCGCCCAAGAAAAUGUCAACAUUGCCCCGGAAGCAGUCGAUUCCCUAGUCAAAUUGUCCAAGGGUGACAUGCGAAGAGCACUGAACGUACUACAGGCGUGCCACGCAGGAUCAAGGCCACUACCCAUGCGUGGGCAGCCUCCAAUCAAAGAGUCUGACAUCAAAUACGAGCUCAUUACGAAUGACACGAUUUACAAUUGUAUUGCGGCGCCUCAUCCCGACGACAUCCGGAUGAUUAUGACCACACUGUUGAGCGAACCAGAUGUGACAAGUUGUCUGACCACGAUCAAUGCAUUGAAGAGCAGCCGUGGCCUGGCUCUGGCUGAUAUACUGACUGCAUUGGCAGAGGAGCUGCAAAAUCUCGAAGUCAGCACGGCCACCAGAGUCACCUGGCUCCAGGGUCUUUCGGAGAUUGAGUACAAAUUAGCAGGAGGUGGCAGCGAAUCAGUGCAAACAGGAGGCAUGGUCGGUGUUGUGCGGACUGGUUGCGAGCUGAUGGGAGAAAAGGGUGUUGGUGAGAAGAUGAAUCUAGGAUGAAAGGGUACAGUUAAAAUUGUGCGGAAGCAUGACAAUUUUCAGCUACUCAAGUCCAAGAAGUCUCGCUACGCUGUGGUAGGCGGAGCUCAUUGAGAGAUUGGGCUGAUCACGAACAAACCAAAAACCAGUUUGUUUGCAUUGCUAGGGGAUGUGUUAUGCAACAUGCAUUAUCAUGGUCAAGAUGCUGCUGAACAGCGAUACAGCUUCGGAGACCAAUCAGAUGCUACACCUGGCCGGCUUCGCGGACAGAACCUAGGAGGAGCUCUUAUCUGGUUCGAGGAUAUGGAUUAGAUGGAAGAGGGUCACAACACCCCCAGAUGACCCGUGAAUAGAGGUGGAUGCCGGGCGACUUAUGGUCGUGCGACGCUUUCUUGGGCGACUACGGAGUUCAGACUUGACAAGAGUAAUCUGAUACUCGAUGACCUUCUUACGGCAAGCUUAAAACUGCAGUAUAGGCUCAGCAUGUCAAUACAAUCCCAAAUCCUGAACACAA